UCACAUUCACGAGAAAAGACCAGCUGCGAAAUGGUAAUGGGAAGACAAUGGCAACGUUUGGUGUUUGUACGACAAGGACCACUUGGGAAGAAAUCUACAAGAAAAGAUAGAGCAAGCUUUCCUUGCAAUUGAUGGGCUAGCUCAAAGAAGGACAGAACAUACAUUCAAUUUCACGGUCAAGGGUCAAAACUAUCGGCUAGUCUUUCAUUCAGAAAGGGGCAUGUAUCAAGAAAAUUUGCAAUAUGGCACAAAAAGAAAGGUGGAAAGAAGACCAGAAAAGCCUUUACUUUCUAUGGUAUUUGAUUGGUCUAUUGAGUCCUCGCUUCCAGAACUUCCAAGGAACUGUGCCUAUAUACCAGCCUAUAGUUCAUAUAUACGUGUGACGUUAGGGUCAUUUUCAUGGGAAUUUAAAGAGGUCGAACAGAUAUUCAAAGCGUCUAUGACUGAUGUGAAGAUCGUGAAAAUCGACCGCAUGCAAAAUCCGGUCAGGUGGAAAAACUAUCAGAGGAAAAAAAAACUACAUGAAAAAAAUGGCACAUGGCAAUGAACAGAUGGUCAAUGAGAAAAGAUUGUUUCAUGGGACGAGUCCAGAUGCUGUCAAUGGUAUCUGCGAAGAGAGCUUUGAUUGCCGUCUAAGCGGCAAAAACGGGACUUCGUAUGGUAAAGGAAGCUACUUUGCAGUGAAAGCAUCCCUUAGCCACGGUUACGCAGGAGUAGAUACUGAUUUGACUCGAUCUAUGUUCUUCGCCAAAGUUCUCGUAGGUUCGUAUGUGAAGGGUAACCACACAUAUAACAGACCGUCCCAGAAGCAACCUUGGAAUGGA